AUCGCCCCUAGUUGGCGAUCGGUCGAUUUCGAGUUUGCGUGAUGUUGAGGAUCUUAGUGUGCGGACUUUUCUUACAAUACGCCCUGCAAAUCAAUGCCAAUGGCCUCUAUUCGGUGGUUGGGCCUGGCACCAUUCGAUCCAACGCCAAGUACAAUGUAGCCGUUUCUGUCCACAAGGCAGAUGUUCCGAGCCAGAUAAACGUCAGUCUGAACGGACCCUCCUACAAUGAGACCAAGCAAAUCGAAGUGCCGCCCAUGUCCACCCAGAACGUGGAGUUCGAGGUGCCCAAGUUGGUCACCGGCGAUUAUAACCUCACUGCCGAGGGAAUUUCCGGAGUUGUGUUCAAGAAUUCCACCAAAUUGAACUAUGCCGAUGAGAAGCCUUCGACCUUUGUUCAAACUGAUAAGGCCACCUACAAGCCCGCUGAUCUGGUUCAGUUUCGCAUUCUCUUCCUGGACGAAAACACUCGACCCGCGCGGAUUGAUAAGCCGAUAACUGUCGCAAUUACCGAUGGUGCUCAGAAUAGGAUAAAGCAGCUUACAGAUGUCAAGUUGACCAAAGGCGUGUACUCCGGCGAACUGCAGUUGUCCGAGCAACCUGUUCUGGGAACCUGGAAGAUCUCCGUCAGCGUUGAUGGUGAUAACAGGGAGACCAAGACCUUCGAGGUGGCCAAGUAUGUUCUUCCGAAAUUCGAGGUCAUCGUGGAGACAGCCAAGGACGUGGUCGUGGCAGAUAAUGUGAUCAAGGCCACAAUUCGGGCGAAGUACACAUACGGAAAGCCGGUUAAGGGCAAGGCCACAGUGACGAUGGAACAGAGCUACGGAUACUUUGGUGAUACCGGAGGAAAUAAUCAGGAGAAGACCAUCGACGUUGAUGGAAAGGGUCACGUGGAGUUCGAUCUGAAUGGUCUGCGAAGCAGCCACUUCGCACCACCCAUGAAACUCUUUGCCGUCGUCACCGAGGAGUUGACAGGCAACAAGCAGAAUGCCUCCGCUACAGUUCGUCUCCACCAGCAGCGUUAUUUGCUAGAAGGCUUGGAAAAUCCAGAGCAUUUCCAUGACAACAAGUCGUUUGUCUGUCGGGUGGUGGUGAAGAAUGUGGAUGGAUCUCCAGUGACGAGUUCCACGAAAAAGGUUAAGAUAGACCUUCAAAAUACGCAGCACUUUUGGUCGCAGCCUUCCCCCGAAUUUAGCAUUAGCUUUGAAGCUCCUGUAAACGAGAAUGGCAUUGCCACAUUUAAUGUAACUCUGCCUGUGAAUGGGUCGAGACUCUAUCGUAUAGUGGCCACUUUCGAUGGGUCAGUGAACAACAUCGGGUCCAUCUCAAGGUUUGAUCCAACCUUAGUGAGCAGGGAGCCCCUAAAGAUCCAGGUAAACACGAAGAAACCACGAUUGGGCGAGCGAGUUUCUUUCGAUGUUGUAUCGACUGAAGACUUACCCUACUUUGUUUACACCAUUGUGGCCAGGGGUAACAUUCUGUUGAGUGAAUACGUGGAUGUGCCAGAAGGUCUUCAAAGCUACACUGUUAAGUUUACACCCACAUUUGGAAUGGUGCCCAAGGCAACGAUCUAUAUUCACUAUGUCGUGAACGAUGAUCUGCACUUCGAAGAGAAGACCAUCGAUUUUGAGAAGGAGUUUGUUAACUCGAUUGAUAUUUCUGCACCAGCGGGUGCAAAGCCCAGUGAAGAGGUCAAGUUAAGGGUUAAAACCGAUGCCGACUCCUUUGUGGGUCUCCUGGGUGUGGACCAGAGUGUCCUGCUGCUCAAAUCGGGAAACGAUCUAAGCCAGGAUGAAAUCUUCAAUAGCCUCAACAAGUACCAGACAUCGACACCCUAUCAGCGGGGCUAUGGACGUUACCCAGGACAGACCUCCGGAUUGGUGACCCUAACAAAUGCCAACUAUCCCUACAGCACGGAUUUUCCUGACUAUGUCGAAGAUGAUCCAGGAGCCUAUGUUCUCGAAGAAAGUUUUGUGGAAUACCCAGAGCAAAACUUUCCUCCAGUGCCUGAAAUUAGUACCUUUACCUCUAAUAAUGGUAAUACCGACGAGCCGGUAAAGAUACGUAAGAACUUUGCCGAUGUCUGGAUAUGGCAAUCGAUCGGCCGGAGUGUGGAUGAUGAGGGUUUCACCCUGACCAAGAAGAUUCCGGAUACGAUUACGUCGUGGGUGGUGACGGGCUUCUCCCUGAACCCCACUUCCGGUAUUGCAUUGACCAAGAAUCCCAGCAAGAUUCGGGUGUUCCAGCCUUUCUUCGUGUCCACCAAUCUUCCCUAUUCCGUUAAGCGAGGCGAAGUGAUUGCUAUUCCCGUGGUGAUCUUCAACUACCUGGAUAAAACCCUCGACGCAGAAGUAGUGAUGGACAACUCCGACCAGGAGUACGAGUUCACUGAGGCUACCAAUGAUGUUCUAGAAAAGGCAUCCGACGAGGUGCGCCGAGUUAAGAGGGUGACAAUUCCAGCCAACAGUGGCAAGAGUGUUUCGUUUAUGAUCCGACCCAAGAACGUGGGAUCGACGACCCUGAAAAUCACGGCCACCUCACCCUUGGCCGGCGACACUAUCCACCAAAAACUGAAGGUGGAACCGGAGGGAGUGACCCAAUUCGAGAACCGGGCUGUUUUCAUUAACCUCAAGGAUCAGCCGGAGUUGUCCCAGUCACUGGAGGCCGAGAUACCCAGCGAAGUGGUGCCUCAGUCCGAAUUCAUCGAGUUCUCGGUGGUGGGCGAUCUCCUUGGACCCACGCUCCAGAAUCUGGACAAUUUAGUGCGCAUGCCUUACGGUUGCGGCGAGCAAAAUAUGGUCAACUUUGUGCCCAACAUCCUGGUGCUUAAAUAUCUGGAGGUCACGGGUCGCAAGCUGCCUGCUGUCGAGACCAAGGCCAGGAAGUUCCUGGAGAUCGGCUAUCAAAGGGAGCUGACCUACAAGCACGACGACGGAUCCUACAGUGCCUUUGGCAAGUCGGAUGCUUCGGGCAGCACCUGGCUUACCGCCUACGUGAUGCGCUCCUUCCAUCAGGCGGGAACUUACACGGAUGUUGAUCCCAAGGUGGUGACUGCGGGUCUCGAUUUCCUCGUUUCCAAGCAGAAGGAAAGUGGCGAAUUCCCUGAGGUGGGCAAGCUCUUCGACAAUGCCAACCAGAAUGCCGUGGCUCUUACCUCCUUUGUCCUGCUAGCCUUCUUCGAGAAUCAUGAACUCUUGCCGAAGUACCAGUCGGCGAUUGAGAAGGCAAUUCGCUAUGUGGCCGAGGAGACCGACAAGACGGACGACCAGUACUCGCUGGCCAUUGCCGCCGUGGCCCUUCAACUGGCCAAGCACCCGCAGGCGGAGAAGGUCCUGGCCAAGUUGGAGGGUGUGUCGCGAAACGAAAACGAUCGCAGGUGGUGGUCCAAGGCACCAGAGUCCUCCGGCGAGGAGGGUCGCAUCUUCCAUUGGAAGCCGCGCAGCAACGACGUGGAGAUCACCUCCUAUGUGCUACUCGCUCUUCUGGAAAAGGAUCCUGCCGAAAAGUCGCUGCCCAUCAUGAAGUGGCUGAUCUCGCAGCGCAACAGCAACGGAGGAUUCUCGUCCACGCAGGACACGGUCAUUGGACUGCAGGCCCUCACGAAAUUCGCCUACAAGACGGGCUCUGGCACAGGCACCAUGGACAUUGAGUUUGCACCGGCGGGAGGAUCAAAGGACACGAUCAACGUGAGCCCUGAGAAUUCGCUCGUCCUGCAGACCCACGUCCUGCCCAAGGACACGCGCAAGGUGGACUUUACGGCCAAGGGCACUGGAUCUGCGAUGGUUCAGCUCUCCUAUCGCUACAACCUGGCCGAGAAGGAGAAGAAGCCCAGCUUCAAGGUCACGCCGACGGUCAAGGACUCCAACUCCAACCAGCUGCUGGUGGUGGACAUCUGCGCCGAGUACAUGCCUCUGGAAGAGGCCGACAAGGACAAGGACUCCAACAUGGCCGUCAUGGAGAUCGCCCUGCCCUCCGGUUACGUCGGAGACGCCGACAGCCUGGGAAAAAUCGAGGCUGUGGAUCGGGUGAAGCGGGUGGAGACCAAGAACUCCGACUCCACGGUGAUCGUCUACUUCGACAGCCUGACCCCCGGCGAUGUGCGGUGCCUGCCGGUGGAGGCCUCCAAGGCGCAUGCGGUGGCCAAGCAGAAGCCCGCGUCCGUUUCCCUUUACGAUUACUACGACACGGAGCGCCGGGCCACUGAGUACUACCAGGUGCAGUCCUCCCUCUGCGACAUCUGCGAGGGAUCCGAUUGCGGAGAGGGCUGCAAGAAGGCCUAAGGGAAGGAGGCGAUCGGGGUUAUCUGAAAGCCACUGCUCGUAGUUCCAAACCUUUUAAUCUUUAUAGAGAGCGACUAAAUAAAAUACACACAGUAUGAUAAAAAUUG